GAAAAACUACUUUAUAUUAUUGUAACAAAAUAUCACCUCUUUUUAGUUGUUUUUUAGCAAGAAUGUCACGGAUAAUAGGCUCUCCCCUCUCUCUCUUCUAAUUUGUUUCUUUGCAUAUUAAUAUCACACACAAUAUACAGUAAAGAGUAGAGUGACGUUUGUUUGGACAUGCCUUUGUUGCUUGGUCCCUUUAUCUUUCUCUAAAAUUUCCAUCUCUUACAUGAACAUACGAAAAAACCAAACCCACCACUAGUUUGUUGGUGGUGCUUCACCAAUUGACUUGACAGAUAUAAAAGAAGAGAAAGUCUUUACUUAUAGAUCUGACAAUCAGAAAACCAACAAAAGUUUCUUUGCUUCUUUGCUCUUUGUCUUCUUCCUCUUCUCAGCAUAAAUCCACAUCUUCCCUCUCUUUUACCACAAUCUCUUUUUCUCUUUUCCUUUUGGGCAAAAAUCAAGAAACAGAGAGAGAGAGAGAAAGAGAGAGAGAGAGAGAGAGAGAGAGAGAGAGAGAGAGAGAGAGAGAGAAUCUUGUUAUCUAGGUGGGUUCUUGUUUUUGGGUGUUACCUUACUUUCUUUCUCUGUUUUUUAGCUAUGGAAUCUUGCUCUGUUCUUGAAGUAGACAUCAACGGAGAAGAAACUAUCUUUCUCAAUAAGCAAAUCAUAUGCAAGUAUUCUGGAACAUUGAAGAAACUGCUUGGGAAGUCUACUUGUUCUUCCAGUGGUAACCUCAAGGUGAUCUUUAAUGACUUCCCUGGUGGAGCUGAGAGUUUCGAGCUUUUGUCAAGGUUCUGCUACAACAACUGUGAAUGGACUGUGAUGCCUUCAAACCUAGUCUUCUUGCAUUGUGCUGCUAAGUUCAUGGAAGUCACUAAAGUCUUGGCACAAACUGAGAAGUGUAUGGAGGAGAUUCGGUACUGGGCAUGGCCAGAGGUUCUUCUUAGUUUGAAACAGUGCCAAGAACUUGAAACAUCCUCCGAGGCUGAGUCUUUAGCCGUUAAGUUGAUGGAUGCGCUGGUGGAGAAACUGUGUUUAGCCAUUGAAGCGAGUCCCUCUAGCGCUGCUUGCUCGCCUUCACCGGAUAGCAGCUUGUUUCGGUUCUCUUGUGACAGUAAAAGCACAGAGAGUUUCAAGAACAGCUCUUCGAGGAUAACAUGGUGGUUCGAUGAGGUUCUUGUUCUGAGUCCUGGCUUGGUUAAAACGUUCUUGAAGCUGGUGGUGUUGAGGAAGUUCGAUAACGUUACCAUCGCUAGGUUCUUGUUCUAUUACCAGAAGGUCAAGUUCUGUUCAGCGUCAUCAAAUGAGAAAAGAGAGAUUCUUGAAACGACCGUUGAUACUCUCUACGUGUUGGACCGAAGCUGUGUUCCUUACAAGAGUCUUUUCGGUGUUUUGAGGCUUGCUCUUGGGUUACACAUAGACAAAAGUGUUAUGAACAAGCUUGAGGUUAUGAUUGGUCAGCAACUGGAACAAGCAACACUCGACAACCUCCUUGUUCCAUCUCCAUCGAAGUCUAGUCACUUGUACUAUGUGAAUCUUGUUCUUAGAUUCGCAAAAGCUUUCCUUGACGGAGGGAAAAGAGGAUCAUCACAGAUGAAGAAAGUGGCGACGUUGAUUGAUCAGUACGUAGCUGAAGUGGCACCUGAUCCUUGCUUGAAACCUUCAAAGUUUCUGUCUCUCCUCACACUCGUUCCUGACUCAGCAAGAGAGUCUCAUGAAGAUAUCUACCGUGCUAUUGACAUGUACCUUGAGGCACAUGCAGGAUUAACCAAUGGUGAAAGACUCAACUUGAUAAGAGCUUUGAGUUACGAGAAGCUUUCAGUGCAGUCAAGAGCACAUAUGUCGUGUAACACAAAGUUUCAGGAGAUUGAGACAUUAGAUGAUGAGCAGCAACAAGAGCGGAAGCAGCUCGUACUGCGAGUGGAGAAGGUUGAGACUUCAGGAGAGAAUGAGAAGUUGAAAGAGCAUAUAGAAGGGAUACAGUGGAGGGUAAUGGAGUUGGAGAGAGCGUGUUUGAAGAUGCAGACUCAGAUGGAAGUUAUCAAGAAGAGAACCAAGAGCACUAGCAGAGGAAGCAACAGAUCGCUUCCUAAGCUCUGUUCUUGAUUGGUGUUGAGAACUGAAGCUGUAGCGUUUAGCUUUACUACAAUAAUAUUUGUAUAUAUAGAGUGAUAAAAGAGGGAUCAUAAGAAGUCGGAUUGUAAUCACAAUAUGUUUCUUAUUUUUUCAAAGUACUUUACUGUAUUUUCUCUAUUUUAUUUUUGCUUGCGGUCAAAAAGUUGUAAGAAAAAGUUAAUAUAAGAUCAUUUUAAUGAA